AUAGAAUCUAUGCCGAACAGAUAAUUGUAUUCCGAAUGAGGCGUAUACAUGACCAUUUUCUAUGCCGCAUAGAAAUCUAUGCGGCAUAGAUGUGUCCAUGUAAACGCGGCUACUGUGUACCAACGUAGUUAUCACACAUUUUAUACUUCACUGUGUGACUGGGUUGUUACAAUUACAGUAAAGGAAUUAUAUUCUAUAUAUAAAAAACAACUGCCCAUUUACUGUCAUACAUUCUGAUGGGUCACAGACUUCAGUGUAAAACUGUAACCAUUUAGUUCAAUCUUAUUUUUUGUCAAGGCUUAAUUAUUAACCAUGUUGAUGUUCUUAUUGCAGUACAUCCUCUCUAUAUAUUGGCACAAAGUCCUUCCGGCACAAUAUUUUAGAGGCUCAUGGCAAGAGCAAAAGGCACGAGCACUGUGCCGUUGCCGCCAGAGGAACAGAAGCACCCAUGCCAGCUGUCAUCGAAGGACUGCAAAAGAUGGAUGACGCUCUGCGUCUAAAAAUGACGAACAUUAUGCAUGCAGCAUAUUAUGUAGCAAAACAAGAAGUGCCCUUUACCCACUUUUCAUCCCUUAAUGGCCUGAUCAACAGGACUGGAGGAAGUCUUCCAGGCUGUUACCAGUCUGACAAAGCCUGUGCUAGGUUCAUCGUAGACAUUUACGAUGUGGAGAGGGAAAAGUUGCUGGAUAAAAUUAAAAAAGCCAUAUACUUUUCAAUUCUCAUUGAUGGGGCAACAGACAGCGCUACAUUAGAGAAUGAACUCAUUUAUGUUCGCUUUCUAGCAACGGAUGGGCCAGUCAAUGCCUACUUGUCUAUCCAAGACGUUAAACAUGGCAAUGCAAAUGGCAUCCUGGAUGCCAUCCAUGCAGCUUUUGAGGAAGCUGGCAUUAUUGAUUGGAAGGAGAAAUUAGUUGGGUUUGGCAGCGAUGGGGCAGCUGUGAAUGUGGGCUGCAGAAAUGGCGUUGCAGCGCUUCUGCAGAAGGAACUCAACCACCCCCUCAUCUCAAUCCACUGUGUUGCCCAUAGAUUAGAGCUUGGCAUCGUAAAGGCAAUUAAAACCCACAAAAAGAUGGAGCAAAUGCAGACAAUGCUAAAAAACCUGUACGAUCAGUACCACUACUCCCCCAAGGCUGUCAGAGAGCUCAGAAUGAUUGCAGAGGCACUUGAAGAAAAGGUGUUGAAGCAGUCAAAUCUACAUGGCGCCCGCUGGCUUCCCUAUGUGCAUCGUGCAAUCAAGGUCAGAAUUUUAGUAAAUUAUUAA